UGCUGGGACGCCGGUCACACCAUGGGCUGCUGCACCGGGCGCUGCUCGCUCAUCUGUCUCUGCGCGCUACAGCUGCUUUCAGCCCUGGAGAGGCAGAUCUUCGACUUCCUUGGCUUCCAGUGGGCACCCAUUCUUGGAAACUUCCUGCAUAUAAUAGUUGUCAUAUUGGGUUUAUUUGGAACCAUUCAAUACAGACCACGUUACAUCAUGGUGUAUACAGUGUGGACUGCCCUCUGGAUCACAUGGAAUGUGUUCAUCAUCUGCUUUUAUUUGGAAGUAGGUGGCCUCUCUAAGGACACAGAUCUGAUGACAUUCAACAUCUCUGUACAUCGGUCAUGGUGGAGGGAACAUGGACCUGGUUGUGUCCGGAGAGUGCUUCCCCCAUCAGCCCAUGGCAUGAUGGAUGACUACACAUAUGUCUCAGUCACGGGCUGUGUUGUCGAUUUCCAGUACCUAGAGGUCAUCCACAGUGCUGUACAAAUACUGCUAUCUCUGGUUGGGUUUGUGUAUGCCUGUUAUGUGAUCAACAUUUCUAUGGAAGAAGAAGACACCUUUGAUUUCAUAGGUGGACUAGAGGCGCAUUCCCACUACCAGGAUCAUGUUGAGUUAAAGCCUGUUAAACCUGUCGAAAUAAGUAAUGGCAUUGACUCUGAAACGCAGCUCCUGGACUUGCGUUAGGGAACAAAGAAGCACUGGCCUCUGGCACUGGGGAUCCCACAGCGCCACCUUCCUCCCACACAGCAGGACUGCAACCCCUGCGGGCCAGCGAACACCGAGCUGCGAGGUCUUUGGUCUCAGCCUGUGUAACAUUAGCAUUGUUUGCUAGAUGCGUUCUGGGUGUUUGGGUGGGUAUUUUUUUAGUCAUCUUCUUAUAUGAGCACUUGUAAAUUAC